UCGAAUUUCAAAAAUCUUUCGAAGUUUCAACUCAGAACUUAAGAAGCCAAGGCUUCCGACCAAACAUCCAUAUACAUCCCUUCCAACCAAUCCAAAACUUACAGAAACAGAACUUUCAAGAAGGACCAACAGGUCUUGGACAUAUCCAGAACAUGAGAGCAAUACCAGGAGUAAGAAGUGCCCAGAAUUCUGGAAAUCAAUUUGGGAACCCUUAUAAUGGAAGAAGAAAUUUUGUACUUAUUAAUACUCUACCAGUUUUUGAAAGACAAGCGUCUAGAUUUUUGUUCUAUCCAUCGGGUUCUAGUCAAAAUCAAGGAAAUUUUAGAGGCGUUCAUCAAAAUAUUCAAAAUCCAAAUGCAUUUGGAUUUAACAGUCAAAAUCCAUUCUCACAAUAUCAAAUUGGUCAAAAUGCAAAAUCCAGAAGCGGUCAGAAUAUCUUAAUUCUCAAACCGAAUUUACAACCUCCGGUCAAUGCUCAGAAUUCUUUACUUGCACUUGGGAAUUAUAAUUUUCCAAAACAGUCUUUUAUCAGUUACCAAAACAGUCCAUUUGGGAACUUAGGCCAGAGAGAUCAAAAUCCUUUUAUAAACGUUCAAAAUCAAAAUGUAUAUUCCAAUAUUGGUUCUAAUUUUGCUAAAGGUUCUGGCUAUGGACCACCAAAUCCUUAUAAAGCACCUGAAUCAUUUACAACUAGAACUCUAAGAUUUUUUACUACUACAACAGAAAAUAAAGAAAUAUUCCCGGAUAAAAUAAGGAAAUAUCCAACUGGGGAUAUCGCUCCAUAUAUGGGUAUGGAAGUACCACCAAAACCAGAUGAUGAUGAAAUUAUACCUGAUUUUAGAAGCGCGACAAAGAAACCAGUCAAUGCACCUGCAACUAUCUCGACAAAUGUAGGAACUACCCCUACAACAACUGAAGUUACUACUCCAAUAACCGUUACAACAUUUAUUACGAUGUUAAAUAUUCCAUCAACAACCGAAUCGAUGGUUUUAAGUACACCGUCUACAACAUCAACGACUCCUGAUUUGAAUCGUAAUCAAGAAGAAGAAACUAGCUCAACAACUACAACAAAAGCUAUUUCAGAAGAAACUACUCUUACAACAACAAAACCUGCUACGGAAGAAAGUAGCCUAGCAACAACAACAACAAAAGCUUUAGUAGAAGAAACUAGCCUAGCUGAUACAACUGCAAAAGCUGUUGAAGAAGAAACAACCCCAAAUAAAACAACAACAAAAUCUGUUGUAGCAGAAACUACCCCUACAUCAACAACAAAAGCCGUUGUAGAAGAAACUACCCUAACAACAAUUUCAUCAAAACCUGUUAUAGAAGAAACUAAAUCAAUAACAAAACCUGCUGUGGAAGAAACUACAACAACAAACCUUGUGGUAGAAACUACAACAACAAAGCUUGUUGUAGAAGAAACUCCUCCAACAACAACAGAACCCGUUGUAGAAGAUACUACCCCAACUAACAAAACAAUACGACGUGUUUUAGAAGAAACUACUACAACAACAACACCUGAUGUAGAAGAAACUAUCUCAACUACAGCAAAACUUGAUAUAGGGGAAACUACGACCACAACAACAAAAGAUAUUUUAGAAGAAACUACGACACUAACAAAAUCUGUUGUGGAAGAAAAUACCACAACAAUAAAACCUGUUGUGGAAGAAAAUACUACAACAAUAAAGCCUGUUGUAGAAGAAACUACAACAACAAAGCUUGUUGUACAAGAAACUUCUCCAACAACAACAGAACCCGCUGUAGAAGAUACUACCCCAACUAACAAAACAAUACAACGUGUUUUAGAAGAAACUACUACAACAACAACACCUGUUGUAGAAGAAACUAUCUCAACUACAGCAAAACUUGAUAUAGGGGAAACAACGACCACAACAACAAAAGAUAUUUUAGAAGAAACUACGACACUAACAAAAUCUGUUGUGGAAGAAAAUACCACAACAAUAAAACCUGUUGUGGAAGAAACAACUACAACAAUAAAACCUGUUGUGGAAGAAACUACUAGAACAACAAAGCCUGUUGUAGAAGAAAUCACCCCAACUAACACAACAAUAGCGGUUAUAGAAGAAACUACAACAAAAGCUGAUGUAGAAGAAACUACAACAGCAACCAAACCUGUUAAGAAACUACAACAAAAGCUGAUGUAG